CUCAUUUGUGCGCCAGCCCAUCCCUGGAGAAGUGUUGUGUCUUAGUGCCUUUUCCUCCCCUUUCUUUUUCUUUCCUUUUUUUUCUUUUUUUUUCUUUGGCACGGCUUAAUGAUGGAGAGGAUAAGAAAAGAGAUGAUACUGAUGGAGAGGGGUCUGCACAGUCCUGUUGCGGGGAAGAGGCUCGGGGACGCGCCGGGAAAUUCAGUUCUGGAGGCCCUGGAAAACUCCCAACACGGUGGACGACUCAGUCCGAGAAUAACCUCAGCUUCCCUUCAUGGGAAUCUCGGGGACAUCCCGACGAAAGGCAAAUUUGAAAUAGAAAGUCUUUUCGGGACGCACCACGGCAGCGAGAACGCCUCUUCUGCGGAGAUUUCAUCGUCGGAGAGCAGAAAGAAAAUGAGUCUUUACUCCGAAGUUUCGCAAGAAUCAGACAUAAAUAGUGAUGUGGAGGUGGGAUGCCCAGCGCAUCGGUCGCCUAGCCAGCACAAGGAAAACAACAAGGUUUUUUCUGACAGUAAUUCAGCGUCCUCCAACACAAGCUCGAACUCCCUCCCGAACAUGAACGGAAACUCGGCGGGAGGAUCCAACAAUUCCAACACCGACCAGGUCAGGAGGUAUCGGACUGCUUUCACCCGGGAACAGAUCGGGAGACUGGAAAAGGAGUUUUAUCGGGAAAACUACGUUUCCAGACCGAGGAGGUGCGAAUUAGCCGCAGCGCUGAAUCUGCCCGAAACAACAAUUAAGGUGUGGUUCCAGAACAGGCGGAUGAAGGAUAAGAGGCAGCGCUUGGCCAUGUCCUGGCCCCAUCCUGCAGACCCCAGCUUCUACACUUACAUGAUGACGCAUGCGGCCGCCACAGGAAGUCUACCAUACCCCUUCCACUCGCACAUGCCUCUGCACUACUAUCCGCACGUCGGCGUCACGGCGGCAGCAGCGGCCGCCGCGGCCACCGGAGCCGCCUCUUCACCCUUCGCCACCUCCAUCCGGCCUCUUGAUACCUUCCGCGCCCUCUCCCAUCCAUAUUCGCGGCCAGAGCUCCUGUGCAGCUUCAGACACCCGGGACUGUACCAGUCGCCCGCGGGCCUAAACAGCUCGGCUGCGGCCUCCGCGGCGGCGGCGGCUGCUGCUGCGGCGGCGGCGGUUAGCGCUCCGUCCGCCUCCGGGCCCUGUUCGUGUUUGAGCUGCCACAGCAGCAGCCAGGCAGCUAGCGCGCUGGGCUCCAGGAGCGCCGGUGCUGACUUUACCUGCACGGCUUCCACACAGAGAUCAGAGAGCAGCUUUCUACCGUAUUCCGCCGCUGUUCUCAGUAAGACCUCAGUCCCAUCACCUGAUCAGCGGGAGGAGAGCUCACUUAACAGAUAACUGGUCACCCUGCCUCUGUUUUUAAAGACACGUGUGCGUCAAGCGUUGUAAACAGACACAGUGUUUCAUUUCUAAAUAUUAUUUCUAAAAACAACAACAGCAGCAGCAAGAGUGGACAGCAAAUAUAGCAAUUCAUAUAGCCAAUAGUUUUCAAAAGACGUGCCCCCGUUAUGCGAGUAGACCAUGUUUUUCUUGGCUGGUUAUUUCGCCCUUCCAUUUUUUAUUUUAUUUAUUUAUUUAUUUUAAACUUUUGCUGUUUUGGUUGUUUCGUGCCCAACAUUUUUAUCUUCCACCGGAUGUUUCGUGGCUCCGAGUCCAUUCCUUCCUGCUUUGAGAAGAGAUGAUUAAAUGGGGUUUUCUUCAGUCUGCUCCUGUAAUUUGUAAGGGAAUGUGUUAUGAUUAAGUUUAAAAUAUAUCUGCAGGCACGAAGUCGUUCAGAGAUAUUUCGGUUUGAUCCGAGUCAAAAUCUGCAUUAUUGGUUGAGAUACAGAUCAAAAUCAAAGUCAGUGAUAUUAAAGGGUUCUAAGAAAUAAUUUUUAAAAUAUAAUAGCAUUGAAAAAUUCUGAAGGAGCAUUUUCAUUGUCAAUUAUUCCCAUAUUUCGUCCAUUACCUCCAUUUUGCUUAUUUCACUUAAACGACUGCAUAUGAAUUUAGUUUUGUUCGUAGUUAAAUAUUUUUGUUAUUAGGGGAGAUAAAAAUCAUAACAAUGCUCAAAUUUUCCGUUUACUUUAAUUCAGUGUUAUAUUAUUAGUUAAAGACGUCCUAUUAACACCCUGUUGGAACCCAGUACCCAUUUAGAUUCGU